AUUACACAAAAAAACAAUUUUACUUUUCAUAGAGACAGAAAUCGAAUGAGAGGUGAAGAGAGAGAGAAAGGGAGUAUCGAAGAAGAGAGCGAUCAGAGAGGAAAACAAAGAAAAGGGGUCUUCUCAAUUUUCUGAUUCCGAAUCAUUCUGCAAUAAAUUUGAAGAGAGUGAAUUGGGGAAAGCGAAACAAGAAAUUGAAGCAAUGUUGAGAGGAGCUUCAUGGGUUUCAGAGUUAGUAGUUUUAACAGAAAAAUGAUUGAAGUGAAUUAAGGCUGGAAGUGAUUGAUAUUUUGUGUUGAAUCUGAAUUUGGGGAGCUUCACUAAGGUAGAAUUUGUUGGUGGUUUAGUUAGAGUUGCAUGGAGGUAUCUGGAUUCUGGAGUCUGGUUGAAUUUUGUGGUUGGUGUUGCAGAAUUUGAGAAUUAUCUUGAAUUUGGGGUUUUGGAGGGAGACUCAUUUUUAAUUGGAAGUUUGGGAUCUCAGUCAACCCUCAAAUUGCAGUAGUGUGUAAAGUUGAAGUGUUGGAGAUGAUCCACAGCUUUGACAGUUUUAGGGUUGUUUUUAGAGUGAUUGGAUGUUUCGAAUUUGGUUUUUUGGAGAUGUACCAGCAAAAAACCCUAACUCAUUGAAGGGGCUGUAGGGUUGUGUGAAAGUGUGUGUUUUUCAGUUAUAUGGGGUUUUAGUGUAGAGAGAGUGAGACUACGGAGAUGCAACCGCCACAUCACCAUUCGCGGAUCAAUCUUGCUGAAUUGAAAGCUCAGUUAGUGAAGAAACUUGGGCCGGAGGGGUCAAAGCAAUAUUUCUAUUUCCUUCAUAGGUUCUUGAGUUUGAAACUGAGUAAGGUUGAGUUCAAUAAGCUUUGUGUUAGAAUUAUUAGCCGGGAGAAUAUUCCACUUCACAAUCAGUUCAUCUGUUCGAUACUGAGAAAUGCUUGUAGUGCAAAGACGCCACCUCCAGCCAAUCAGAAGGGUGGUGGUAUUUCGAGAGAUGGAGCACAACUUGGCGGCAAGGAUGCAUCUGCUGCUGAUUUCCUGCCAAACGGGUCCCACGCCAAUGUAGCUCAGGCUUCUGGUUCUCCCGGUUUAUCGAAUGGAGGUGGUGAUAUGCUGCUGCUACCUCUCUCGCCUCGGAAGGCCAGGACAGGUAUCCGUGACCGGAAAACUGGUGAUCGUCGUAGUGCACUUGGACCUAAUGGGAAGGCUAGUUUGGUGUUGGAGAACGGGGAUUCGAAUCCAGCUGAGAUGGGGAGGCCACUGCAGCAUUCAGUGAGUGAAAAUGAGAUCUUGGCUCCAAAUGUUGCCAAAAUGUCCAUUGUUAGGAGAUCUUUGGACGUUUCAGCUACUUCAUGUAGCAAAGACCAAACCGAGUUGGUUGUCAGAGACGGGAAAGAGGCUUCCACCAGAAGUCCACUUCGAGCCCCCCUUGGGGUUCCGUUUUGUCCGGUUAAUGUUGGUAGGGCGCACAGAGCUCUGCCUCUGUCGAGUAGCAGUAGAUGUAUUGGGUCGUAUAAAAACGGUGCUUUGUUGGAAAGUCUAACAUUAAGGGAACGAAUGGGGCAAAUUGCUCUGAUACAGGGUCUCGAAGAGGUGUCCGUUGAUUCUGCCAACAUACUGAACCAUGGUUUAGACGCAUACUUGAAAGGAUUGAUCCGGUCGUGCAUCGAGCUUGUAGGGUCAAGGUCAGGACAUGAGCCAACGAAGAACAAAACCAACAAACAUAUGAAGCAUAUCAACGGUUUAAAACCGGGACUUCAAGAAAAAAGAAGUGAAUGCCCUAUUUCGGUACAGGACUUCAGGGUUGCGAUGGAGCUGAAUCCUCGAAAACUCGGGGAAGACUGGCCGUUGUUGCUGGAGAAAAUAUGUACACAUGCAUUUGAUGAAUAGCAGAGAGGUCACAUUUGUUGGUUGAUAUAUAGUUGAGUGAAUUGAUGGCCUUUGAAGCCACCAUUAGCAACCACUGUGAUAAUCUGAAUGCAAGAAUCUGGGGCUGUUGUAUAAUUAAGUUCAAUUUUGUUGUAAUUUACAGUGAGAGAACAGUUUUGCAGGAAUAAUUUGUGUAGUUCAGUGGUAACAGAGGUGGGGUUGCUUGCAUGAUGCAAUAGUCAUGUGUUUGUACCAUCAAAUAUUGGUUGGGAUCUUAAUAUUAACAAUACAGUUUAACCA